UUGGCGGCCAGCUGCGGUGGGCAUCAUCCUUCUCCCAGUCGGGCCCGACGGAGAGCGACCCCAACGAGGGACAGGUCUUCCUCAGCGAGAGCUGUGUGAAGGUAGGGGCCCCAGGAGGCAGCUCGGAAGGCUCAGAGUUUCUCAGACUGCAGGUGGAAGGAGGUGGCUGCUCUGGAUUCCAGUACAAGUUUUCCUUGGACACAGUUAUCAAUCCUGAUGACAGGGUGUUUGAACAAGGUGGUGCCCGUGUGGUCGUGGACGUGGACAGCCUGGCCUUCGUGAAAGGUUCCAUGGUGGACUUCAGCCAGGAGCUGAUUCGCAGCUCCUUCCAGGUGGUGAGCAACCCCCAGGUAGAGAAGGGUUGCUCAUGUGGGACUUCCUUCUCUGUCAAAUUCUGA